CUGUGCUGCUACAACUGAUUCAAAGCCGGCAGCAUCAUGCAUUCCAUACUGGAGAGAAUAGCGAGCCGCUCUCCCCAACUCUUGCAUCUCUUUGUAGGAAUCAUCUUCACUUUGGGGGUGCUGAAAGCUGUUCAGUUGUAUUGGAAAAGGAAGAAGCAAAUCAAAGCCUUUGCAAGCUUUCCAGGCCCUCCGAGCCACUGGUUUUUUGGCAACAACAAGGAGAUCACUCGAGGAAAAGAAUUCUUCAAGCUCUUGGAAUGGUCAGAAAAAUACCCCUAUGCUUAUCCAAGAUGGUUUGGUGGCUUUAGAGCUGUCUUAGUAGUCAACCAUCCAGAUUAUGCCAAAACUGUAUUUGGACGUUCAGAUCCUAAGGCUAAAGACAGCUAUAAUUUCCUGGUCCCGUGGAUUGGAAAAGGGCUUCUGAUACUUAAUGGGAAGAAAUGGUUUCACCACCGGCGCUUGCUAACUCCCGGAUUCCAUUAUGAUGUUUUGAAACCAUACACAGCACUGAUGGCAGAUUCAGCCAAAGGGAUGCUGGAUAAAUGGGAGAGGCUGAUUGACAAAGAUGAGACAAAGUCUCUGGAGAUGUUUGAACAUGUCAGCUUGAUGACAUUGGAUACCAUCAUGAAAUGUGCUUUCAGUUCCCAGAGCAACCAGACACCCAGAGAACUGGACGAUUACAUCAAAACAGUUUAUAAUUUGAGCUAUCUGGCGACUCGAAGAACACAGAGUGUUUUGUAUUGGAAUGAUCUGAUUUACCGAUGCAGCUCACCUGGACGCCGUUUUCUGGAGGCCUGCAGAUUGGCACAUCAACACACAGAAAAAGUCAUGGAAGAGAGAAAGAAAUUAUUGAAGGAAGAAGGGGAGCUUGAAAAAAUCCAAAAGAAAAGAUACCUGGAUUUUCUGGAUAUACUUCUUUUUGCCAAGGAUGAAAAUGGUAUGGGGCUCUCUGAUGAAGAUCUGCGUGCUGAGGUGGACACUUUCAUGUUUGAAGGCCAUGAUACUACAGCCAGUGGGAUCUCUUGGAUCUUAUAUGCUCUGGCCCAAAAUCCAGAACACCAACAAAGAUGCAGGGAGGAAAUAAAGGAGACCUUAGGGGAUCGAGACACAUUUCAGUGGGAUGAUCUGGGAAAGAUUCCCUAUACCACUAUGUGUAUAAAGGAAAGCCUACGUCUUUACCCUCCAGUCCCUGGAGUAUCCCGACAGCUUAGCAAACCCAUAACCUUUUGUGAUGGACGCACCUUGCCUGAAGGUACAUUGGUAGCAAUUAACAUUUACUGCAUCCACCGAAAUCCAAGCAUAUGGCCAGACCCAGAGGUAUUUGAUCCUACCAGGUUCUCAUCAGAAAAGUCAUCUCAGAAGCAUUCCCAUGCUUUUGUGCCAUUUGCAGCCGGACCAAGGAAUUGCAUCGGGCAGCAGUUUGCCAUGAAUGAGAUGAAAGUGGCUGUGGCCCAAACCCUCCUUCGAUUUGAAGUCUUGCCAGAUCCGUCAAGGCUGCCUGUUCCAGUUCCUCAGCUUGUCUUGAAGUCGGAUAAUGGUAUACACCUCUUGCUGAGGAAGCUCAAGUGAACUACCACUCUUGUUGUUUCACUGCCAUGGUUUUCGAAUACAAACUACCAUUUUCCACCGCACCCGUCUAUCACCUGUUGUGUCCCAACAUCAUAUUGUCAAGUUGCAUUGCUUUACUUAGUGUGAUUCAAUUGUAGC